AUUACCACGCCGCUUGCUGCUACCUGAUUUUUACAGAUUUUGCUACGUUGACAUUAUUUAGUCGCCUACCUCCCGUUUGUUUCAGCCGCGUUAAUUUUUGCGUCUUCGCUUGAGUCUGCCUAAUGAGUAGUCACAUAACGAUCGAGUGAGCCGGCGUGACGUCGUAUUCAUCGUGUGACUGGUUCACAACACCUAGUCCGGCAUCGUGUCCUAGACAUCGUAGUCGUCAAAGAUGCAGCGACCCAUCGACGAAUACCGUCAGCCCUGGGAGAGCAACGAGCACUGGGAGUUGCGGCGCGAGUUUAUCGUCGCCAACCAGGGUCGAUUCAGCGAGAACCGGGUGCUGUGCCUGGCGCAGGCGUUCGCCAACGUCGAGCUUCUCGGGUGCACUUACCCGGCCCCGGUGAUGGCUCAGGUGAACGAGCUGGCCAAGAACGUCUCCUCCCUGUCGGUGGUGCAGGAGAAGCGGCGCGAAAACAGCCGCGUCCUCUUCGUCAAGGGCGAAGACGACGACGCCAAGAGGAGGAAGAGUUCGUCCCUGGGCACCUACACCCGCGCACCCCGGUACGAUGACCAGUCCCGGAUGAGAGCCGCGUCUUUCUUCCAGCGCUAAGAACACCCAGACUUCACUACGUGCGCGUUCUGAGAAGGCAACAACGCCGCCGUUCAUUGUAUAGCACCAAGCUGGUGACUCGAGUUCACGAUUGUGACUUGCUGCUCAGUUGCACGCAUGACUGUUUCGCGAGAAGGGCCAGCCCGUAAAAUUGUGAAAUUGUUUUGUGUGCGACUUACAGUGGUGCCGAGACGCAUUGAUUUAUAUCGGGAGGCUUAAAAUCCCUGUCUCGAUGGCAUGAUCAUAAAAUUUAGCGUGAUGCUGUGUAAAGUACGCAUCUUUCUUGUUGAUACGAGCGUGUACAUCGUUUCGAGUUUUUGUACUUGGGCCAUUGUACAUAGUUCAUACGGCGAAUGUUGAUCAGCGUGAUCUUGCGUUUGACUGUGUGAAUGCAGUAAUUUCACCGCAGCAUUUCCCUCUUUAAAUAUCUGUAUAUUUAGCAAAACAAAGAACGCAACA